AUGAAACCUCAUGCACCGAGCUUGCCAAGGCAGGUGGAGACUGUCAAGCCUAAGCUGAGUCAAUCGUGUAGGGUUCGCUCGCGCAGCGCCGAAUCAAGUGCCUAUGGUAAUCUCCAUUCAGAUGGCUUGACAGUGGCUCGUUACCUACGUGCUUGUGCGUCCCAAGUUCUGGAUGAACAUGCUGCACGAGGAUUUGCUUACCGCGAUGGUGUUUAUCUUCAGACAGAGAAAAACGAGCGUAUUUGGGUUGGAUUCUGCCCUGAAGGAAACUACAGUCUAGUGUGA